AUGAUUCAGAUCUGGGCCUCUUGUCUUUUCCCUCUGUUCCUGACUGGCUUCGCUCAGGAGACUCUGAAGCCACAAGAGACAAAGGUGGAUUGCAACAAAACAGUGACAGACACCAUCUAUGAGUAUGGAGCUGUCACCCUCAAUGACAAGAAGUAUAUUCAGUUCAAGCAGUACGCAGGCAAGCAUGUCCUCUUUGUCAACGUGGCCAGCUAUUGUGAUCUGACAGCUCAGUAUCCUGAACUGAAUGCUCUGCAGGAAGACCUUCAGCAUUUCAAUGUCAUCAUAUUGGGCUUUCCCUGUAACCAGUUUGGAAAACAAGAACCAGGAAAGAACUCAGAGAUCCUCUCUGGGCUCAAGUAUGUGCGUCCAGGUGGUGGCUUUGUUCCUAAUUUCCAGCUCUUCGAGAAAGGGGAUGUGAAUGGAGAAAAUGAACAGAAGGUCUUUACCUUCCUGAAGAACUCCUGCCCCCCAACCUCUGAACUUUUAGGCUCAUCAAAACAUCUCUUCUGGGAGCCCUUCAAGGUCCAUGACAUCCGCUGGAACUUUGAGAAGUUCCUGGUGGGGACUGAUGGAGUCCCUGUCAUGCGCUGGUUCCACAAGAUUCCAGUCAACACAGUCAAGUUGGACAUCCUAGAGUACCUAAAGCAGUAUGAUACCCAGUAG